GGGGAGGAGGUGCUGUCCCACAAUACCAGGCGGGAGGGCGGUGGGCGGUUUGUAUCCGGGCUGUGAGGUGCCCGGGCCCUCCCCAGACCGUGUUACCUCUGUCUCUAAAAAGAGAGGAAGCGAUGCAGAAGGGUGAAAAAUGGCAGAGCUGCAGAUGUUACUAGAGGAGGAGAUCCCGUCUGGCAAGAGGGCGCUGAUAGAGAGUUACCAGAACCUGACCCGGGUGGCGGACUACUGUGAAAACAACUACAUACAGGCUACAGACAAGAGAAAAGCUUUAGAAGAGACCAAAGCCUACACAACCCAGUCCCUAGCUAGUGUUGCUUAUCAAAUAAAUGCAUUGGCCAACAAUGUUCUCCAACUGCUGGAUAUCCAAGCCUCUCAGCUCCGGAGAAUGGAGUCUUCCAUCAAUCAUAUCUCACAGACCGUGGACAUUCAUAAAGAGAAAGUGGCUCGAAGAGAGAUUGGUAUUUUGACAACAAAUAAGAAUACAUCAAGAACUCACAAAAUAAUAGCACCUGCAAAUAUGGAGCGCCCUGUAAGGUAUAUUCGGAAACCUAUUGACUAUACAGUUCUGGAUGAUGUGGGCCAUGGUGUCAAGUGGCUAAAAGCCAAGCAUGGAAAUAACCAGCCUGCAAGAACUGGCACACUGUCGAGAACAAAUCCUCCUACUCAGAAACCACCAAGUCCUCCCAUGUCAGGCCGGGGAACGUUAGGACGGAAUACUCCUUACAAAACCCUGGAACCUGUUAAACCCCCAACAGUUCCUAAUGACUACAUGACAAGUCCUGCUAGGCUUGGAAGUCAGCAUAGUCCAGGCAGGACAGCUUCUUUAAAUCAGAGACCGAGGACACACAGUGGGAGUAGUGGAGGAAGUGGAAGUCGAGAAAACAGCGGAAGCAGCAGUAUUGGCAUUCCAAUUGCUGUCCCUACACCUUCACCACCAACCAUUGGACCAGAAAACAUUUCUGUCUCUCUUUCUGGAGCCCUAUCAGCCCCACCUCCUCCACCACUUCUCCCAGUGAACACUGUGCUAGCAGCCCCGGGCUCAGCUCCUGGUUCCCAGUAUGGCACAAUGACCAGGCAGAUUUCUCGACACAACUCUACCACUUCCUCGACAUCUUCUGGUGGAUACAGACGAACUCCCUCUGUGACUGCUCAGUUUUCUGCUCAGCCUCAUGUUAAUGGAGGCCCACUUUAUUCUCAGAAUUCAAUUUCCAUUGCUCCACCCCCUCCCCCUAUGCCUCAGUUGACUCCACAGAUACCUCUCACAGGCUUCGUGGCCAGGGUGCAGGAAAACAUUGCUGAUAGUCCAACUCCACCACCCCCACCUCCACCAGAUGACAUUCCCAUGUUUGAUGACUCUCCACCUCCACCUCCACCACCUCCAGUGGAUUAUGAAGAUGAGGAGGCUGCAGUAGUUCAGUAUAAUGAUCCAUAUGCAGAUGGAGAUCCUGCUUGGGCCCCCAAGAAUUACAUUGAGAAAGUUGUGGCAAUAUAUGAUUAUACAAAAGACAAGGAUGAUGAGCUAUCGUUUAUGGAGGGUGCAAUCAUUUACGUAAUAAAGAAGAAUGAUGAUGGCUGGUAUGAAGGAGUCUGCAAUCGAGUGACUGGUCUGUUCCCUGGGAACUAUGUUGAAUCAAUCAUGCACUAUACUGAUUAAUUUUUUUUUUUUUUUUUUUUGCUUUUAAAGUAGGUUAUUAUUACUCAGUCAUACUGUGGGACUAUUACGGUUAACAAAAUUGUCUUCAAAUGUUCCCAUAUUUUUAGGACAUGCUCUUUUAUUAGUAUAAUUGAAUGUCUACCUAUAAGCAUACAUCUUUGAGGCAGUUUGUGUAUUGCUAAACAGCAAUUUAUACAAGAGGCUGUCCACAACUGAUUAUGCUUUAUAUACUUACUUACAUUGUUAACUUUAUGACCAGCCUAAAUAUUGUGGGGGUGUAGGGUAUAAUAUUUAACAAAUGAUUCCAAUUGUGCCAUUACAUGUUUCAGUGCAGCAUGGUUACUAAUGCUAUGUCAGACUAAUAUUAAAAUCAGAAAACUUAAAUGCUGGUGCUGGUCAUGCUUUUUAGACUCUCAUUCUUGAAAUAUACUAUUUGUUUAAAGCAUGCAUACAAAUUUAUGUAUUGAAAUAUACUUUAAAAAUCCAAGAUGCUUCCAGUUUGUGUAAUAUUUACUUGGAGUACUCAUACUUAAAUCUGUUGAAAUGAAUUGAGUCUCUGAGGGUCUCUUUGUGAAACAAAACUAACAAAAAAGGGGUUAUCUGUAAUGUGGGUUAUUUGUACCUAGGUUUUUUAAUGAGUGAAUUUGCAUUAUAAAUUUUUUCCAUUCAUAAAUAAGUGAACAAAAGGUUUUUGUCCUUUCCUUCACUUGUUUGCUUUAAAAAAUAAAUAAAAGACACUGAUUUAUUGCUAAUUUGGUUCUGUUUUCUCAAUAUAUUAUCCUGGGAAAAAAUUUUAGCCUUAUCUCAACCUGUCCCAACAGCAAUGGCUGAUUUUUGCAGAUUUAAGACCUGAGAUGGUCAUUUACAAGUCAGUAGACUAAAUCCUUUUCUAAAGUAACUUUUCAAUGCUGAGAAAAUGUGUCCAGAGUGUGCACAUUCUGUAAGUAAAAUUCCCAAGGAUUGCUGAGUCUGUUUUCCAGUGGACUGUUGUAUACUGGUUCAAUGAAAGGAAAUUAUCUUUUACAUAUUUUUUUUGUAGAAGUGGGUGCAGCUGAUUUUUGAAUAGGCACUAUUUAACCCAUUACCUGGCACUAACAACAUAAAAGGAUUUUAAAAAUUACAAAAUUGGGAAAAAAGAUGGGUCAUAUAGUAAUUGGUGAGCAGGGAUAUAUCUGACAAUAGAUUUGUAUUAUCUUUUGACAUAAUUGAAAUGCAAUACAUGCACUUUGUCUCCUUUUAAUCUGAGGGUUUGAGGGAUAUUGUUCUCUUGUGUAUAGUUCUAUAUUGCCUAGAAUAUUAUAGAGCACUCGAAUGUGGGUUUUUGUGUAUUGAAGAUUUGUUUGGAUUUCACAUCAGUUAUGUAUUGGCCGUUAGACUUUAAACAGCAUAGUAAAUGGUAAGACUAGUGCAAAACAUUUAUUUCUGAAAAUUAAAGACCAUUAUUGCUACCAACUCAAUGUGACUGUUGCAUAUGCAUUCUCCCUGUUAAUUUUAAACAUGAUUUCAGUACCACCAGUGACCAGUUAGCAACUUUCAUUUUUCCAAGUGGAAUGUUCUCUUAGUUUUGUGUAUAUAACCUGUUGUCUAAAUUUUAUGUAUAGUCUUUUAUAAUAAACCAUUCUCCUAUAUGAAAUUUUGGAUACUGUUAAAACCUAAUGUGGACUAAAAUGUAGACUUCACGGUUUUGUGACCUUUACUCCUAUGGUGAAACAAGAUAAACCAUUUGAAUUUUAACAUUA